AUGUCUUCGAGACAGUUCAUGCUUGACGAAAUUGCACCGGAUACACUUGCGCCAGGUGAUAACAACGUCGGUAUUCUGGAAAAGCUGAAACAUAUUGAUACUGUUAUUGCAUUGUAUGACUUUCCCGGGACACAGGCAUCACACUUAUCCUUGAGUUUGGGGGAUACUGUGUAUGUUAUAACAAAGUCCGCAACAGGCUGGUGGGAUGGGGUAGUCAUUGGCAGUAAUGGCAAACUACAUAGGGGCUGGUUCCCCCACAAUUUCGUUCGUUCGGUGAACUAUGUGCAGCCCGUGUUGAAGAAAUUAAAAGACAAUAUAGAAUUGGAUUCCAUCACCGCUGCAAAUACUGCUGCAAAUGUGCUACUACCAUCCUUUGCCAACUUUUUGCAGAAUAGUUUAGGUGAGGGAGACAAAAGUUCGCCUCUGAACUCCAGUCGAAAGAACUCGGUAGUAAGUUUUGCCAGCUCGGAAACAAGCAUACCUUCCGAAAUAAAGCAACCACAGCCGCGUUCGCAAUCUGUCCAACUUGAACAAACACGACAAAGUGUAGAUCAGUCGGAUGAUCGUACUCAGCAGCAGCAACAACAACAACAACAACAACAACAGCCGAGGCGCUGUCGAAGUCUAAAUCCAACAGAGCUGUACAUUGACGGAUCAUCAAGAACCGGAAAUUCAUCAACACAUUCAGAUCAGCAAUGGUACUCCCAGCGAGGAAAUACACUAAGUAGUGAAGAUGGUGAUGAUUCUUUAAUUAUUCUCGAAACUGAAGAGGCGGUGAAGUUGGUAGAACAAUAUAGGGCCGCUAACAAUGAGAUUGUAACGUGGAUUCCUCGGUAUACUACCAACGGUGAUUUUGUAUUUUAUUGUGAUGAGUUGAAGGUCUUUUGUGAUUCUGUACCGAUUAUUGAAUUCAGACCCGAAGAUCUUACAAAGACUUUUGCUUUUCCCGCUCCUGAUGUAUUAAAGGAUGCAACAAUCUAUAUGCUAAAUGGGUACCAGUCAUCGGAAAACAUUUUAGGUCCUCGUGAGACUUCCUCCAACGCUUCAUUUGACUCGGCAAAAAGAGAUUCUCAAUCUUCCGUGAGUACACAAAGCAGCAGCGCAUCUUCGUAUCACCAUUUCAAACGUCCCUUUUUCUCAGUUCAUAAUAUGUUUUACAGCCACACUUCCGACAUCUCCCAUUGGACAAAGUUGCGAGAAGAAAUCAACUAUAUACUAGACUUGAUUACAAAGUUGCUCAAAGAUAACAAUCAACAAUGGUACCAGACCCAUAUUAAUAGGUUAAACAAACUAUUGGUAAUCACAUGGGCUUCUGCUAGACUUGACCAGGCUGACUACAACAAUACUGAAUAUGAGAGUAUCAUAAAGGAAAGACUCAUAAAAGUUUGCAACUUAUUUGCGCAAAUCCAAGUGAACGGUACAUUACAUUUUGCUGGUGCUUCCAACCAGAAACAUGAACCAACUUCCAUUGAAGGUAAACACGAUAUUGCUAAGUUGUCGUCGUCAUUGUCGUCAUCGUCAUCGUCAUCAGAAAAAGGUACAGAUACUAAGUUUGCCAAUAAAAUAAUAAGUGAUAUCAGUGGGUUAAGAGACAAUGCAAAUUCCUUGAUAGAAACGUUUCUUGAAUUGAGCCUAGAUAAAACAUUAAAGCCCAGAGAGUACAGUUCCUCUGAAGCGUCUGACGAGGAGGUGGUUCAAGAAAGAUGGAAUUUAUUACCACAAGUUUUCCCGCGAUUCUUACUGGAGGAAUAUAAUGGGGGAAACUGGUGCAAUCCAUUUUUUGCGUCAAAAAAUACUUUUAUGAACGCGAGUGGUGAUGAUCUCAAGAAUCGUGACCAUUCCAAAGUAUUAAUCGACCAUCAUACCUAUGAGCUAAUGCGGCAGCAUCUGGAGGAAAUAAUUAAUAUAUCUAACGAGUGUUUAGCUAUUUUACCAGCUGAUUGGGAUGCAGAAGCUACAGAAGUGUCUUCUCAAAAAACGAAUGACAGAAAUUCCCAGAUUUUGAGAUUGAUGUACAAAUUUCUCCACCGAGCAAGUCUAAUGAUCGAUCUCAUGGAGUCGUUUGAUUUUACUGUGUUUUGCUUGAUUCGGAAAAGUGACUCAGGAAACAAAGAAGGUGUACUGAAAAUUAAGGAAUCUUUUGCAGCAUUAUCAUUGUCGGAUCAAAAAAACGCAUUGGAAACAAAUCUCUCUUUUGACCAUCCUAUCGUACUUGAAUUCUUCCAAUUCAAACAACAAUUCCAUGAUUUGAUUCUGAAAGUAAUAAUAGCAACGCAAUCGUUGACUGUGGACGGAGCAGAAGCUUUCAAAGUACAGGAUGUUGGGGAUCCUCUAUUUUAUGACAAGGAAAUUUUAAAAAAUUACACCGAAAAGACAGCAAUGCUUCUCUCGAAUGUAUUGCUUGAACAAGACUUUGAGCCUGAGUCCUCAUCAUGCGAGGACGUGUUGUCUUCUUAUUUGGAAGAAGUGGUUCAAUUUUGUCAUACUGCCCCAGAAGUAACACAAAGGUUAAUCGAAGAACGAGAAACUAUUAUAAACUAUGCAUCGCGUGUUAUGCACGAUAAUUUCGAUGUGCAGUUGUUACUCUUGGAACGAAACAACACGAUUUUGAUUGAGAAAUCUGAGGAUCAUUCGUAUUACAGUGGAGGACAGAAGAGUGCAGAGGAUACACCAUGGUAUUUAGAAGGCGAUGAGGAGCAUAAUUUAUUGUUGGAUGUGAAGGGAAAUAUCAAGGGAGGGACUAAGGAAGCAUUGGUUUGCCAUUUGACGCAUCAUGAUAUGUUUGAUAGUCAAUUUAAUGCCAAUUUUUUGUUGACCUUCCCGACUAUGAUGACAUUGGAAGAAUUGAUUACAUUACUAAAAAAAAGAUUUGAGAUUGAAGCACCAGAUGGCUUAAGUUUCGAAGAGUAUAAUCAUUGGAUCAUGCGAAAACAGAACCCCAUUCGACUAAGGGUGAUGAACAUCAUGAAAUUGCUUAUUGAAAAGAACUGGUGUCCUUCAUACUUUGACGAAUCUGUGUUGACACAAUGGCUAGAUUUUGCAGAAUCCUCUACGGUGCAGUCAUUUUCGAUUGGCAGGCUACUCGCGGCCGAUUUGCGGAAGCUACUACGAGGAGAGAUGCGGUUCCCAGAACGAACUCCUGUUAUACCUCAUACUAAGCCUCCAGCACCAUUGACCAAGGGUUCAUCGAUACUGAAGAAAUCGAAGUUGUUGGAUAUCGACCACGUCGAGCUCGCACGACAGCUUACGAUUCGAGAGUUUCGUUACUAUUACAAAAUCUCCAAGUUUGCUUGCUUGGCUAAAAUUUGGGGGAAAAAGUCUGGACUUCACGAAAGCACACAGUCAAUUACCGAUUUUAUCAAGGCGUCAAACCAGUUGACUAACUUUGUUGCAUACAUGAUAUUAAGAAAGCCGGAACCUAAAAAAAGAGUACAAAUUAUUCGUUAUUUCAUUCAAGUGGCUGAAAAGUGUCGACAGUAUAAUAACUUUUCAUCUAUGACGGCUAUCAUAUCAGCGCUAUACUCCUCGCCCAUACAUAGACUACGCAAGACUUGGAAUUUUGCUAGUCCCGAAUCAUUGGACCAAUUGAAGAACAUGAACAAGCUAAUGAACUCUACUAGAAAUUUCAACGAGUACCGUGAUGUUUUGAAGUUUAUCGGAUCAGAGCCCUGCGUUCCGUUCUUUGGAGUUUACCUAUCAGACUUGACGUUUGUGUUUCAAGGGAACCCAGACUACUUACUCAACAGAACUAAUAUGAUAAACUUUGCUAAACGAGCAAAGACUUCUGAAAUAGUAUCAGGUAUUGAUAGAUUCAAAAAUGCAGGUUACAACUUCCUUGAGGUGUUUGAGAUUCAAAAAUAUUUAGAUGAAUGGUUUGAAAAGUGUCCAUCUAUAGAAGAGCAGUAUCAGAUAUCCUUAAGACUUGAGCCGAGAGAACAGAACGCCGCUAUCGGGGUAGGAAACUUUAAAAGUUUGAGAACAGCGUGA